AAUAAGAAAAGAGUCGAAUGCUCUCCUAUCAAAGGCUAUCAUUCAACCCCUGGCAUUAUAACUAUUCGACAAACCAUCACAAUAGUCUGGCUUUAACCUUGGUGUGAUAAUGGACGCCCCUGAACAUGAUCGGGAUGUCGUCAUCCAGAAAUAUUCCCUAGAUCUAAUCGCUGAUUUUGAUCGUUCCUUGAUACCGUUUCUGAAGAAGCCCAAUGGUCAACUUCGGAGGCGCGUGCGUAUGAGGGAAACGACAAGAUUGAUGUCUCUUGUUCUGGAACCAUUCCAAGAGCUGCCACAACUGCUUGAUCCGCAUUUGCCCAAGUGGUUGCCGACAUUGGCGGAGGCAUACCUGGGGUGUUUACAGGAUCAUCGUAAACACAGAUCACUAUCAAUGCGGUCUCAACUUCUUCUUCCCCUCUCUGACGCAAUAUGCAAGCUUCUAUAUACGUUUUGCAAGAUUCGAGGCGAGAAAGUUAUCGUUAGGUUCCUAAAUGUAGAGACGAGAUAUCUAGAGCUUCUCCUGCUCGCGAUAGAAGAAUCAGAGCGCAAUGCUGAUUCAGCUACUUCGUGGACUUGGCAUGAAAGAUACAUUGUUCUACUGUGGCUAUCGCAACUAUUCUUCGCUCCAUUUGAUCUCUCAACUAUAUCAUCUGGCGACGCCGACGAUCUUGAUCGGUUAGCUCUUCCCGGAUUUGAGUGGCCGUCCCAAGUCCCAGGCAUCGCCUUAAGGGUUAUUCCUCUAGCGGUCAAAUAUAUUGCGUCUCCUGGAAAGGAGAGGGAUGGAGCAAAAGCACUCCUAGUUCGCGUCGCUAUGCGGAAAGACAUGCAGGAAUUAGGAAUCCUUAACGCUCUAGUGAAAUGGGCUUUGUCGACAUUAAAACCGUCGGGGGAUGCUCCGGCUGAGUCUCCAUACUAUUAUAUUGGCACCAUAUCAUUCUUAGCUGGGGUUCUUGGUGCUGCCGCGAAUACAUCUAUCAUGGAUCCGUACCUUUCUGCCAUUUUCGGUACCACACGGGCUAUCGCCGCUGAGAAGAAUCCCGUUUUCGACGUCAUCACCGGCUCUGCGCUGGCUCGAAAACUGCUUAUUAAAGUCACGCGCUCAGUGGUCACUCUGGUCUUGCGGAAGUCGGAGCAAUCUGAUGCUGAUACUGAAUUGGUAGAAGCUUCCAUAGGAUAUAUGCUUGAAAGACUAGCUGAUAAUGAUACGCCGGUACGCUUCGCUGCUAGCAAAGCGCUUAGUAUUAUCACGCUUAAACUUGAGCCCGAAAUGGCUUCACAGGUCAUUGAAGCUGUGUUGGACUCACUCAACCGAAACGUGCUCUGGGUGAAAAAUAAGACAAACCCGUCUGCUCGUCCUACGCGAGACAUUACAGCUGUCGAUCCGCUUGAGUGGCAUGGGUUAAUGCUUACUCUUUCACACCUUUUAUAUCGAAGAUCGCCACCUCCUGAAGACCUAUCAAAUAUCAUCCAUGCCCUAUUGAUGGGACUUUCUUUCGAGAAGCGAAGCCCGUCGGGAGGUUCAAUUGGUACCAACGUCAGAGAUGCAUCUUGCUUCGGCAUCUGGGCGCUGGCCCGUCGUUACAACACUUCCGAGCUGCUUCAAGUACAAACGAAAUCCGUGUUAGUCGCUAGGGGACAUGACCCAGCUGCGUCAAUACUACAAGUAAUUGCUACCGAAUUGGUGGUGACAGCUUCACUUGACCCCGCAGGGAACAUUAGGCGCGGUGCAUCCGCCGCCCUCCAGGAAUUAAUCGGUCGCCAUCCCGACAUCGUCGAGAAGGGGAUUUCUCUAGUACAGACAGUUGAUUAUCAUGCUGUUGCUCUCCGCUCUAGAGCAAUACACGAAGUUGCCUUACAAGCAACAAGAUUAUCACCACAUUACGGCCGUGCGCUGUUAGAAGCAACUCUUGGGUGGCGAGGGAUUGGAGAUAUGGACUCAGGGGCUCGGAGAGUAGCAGCUACUUCUUUUGGCGCGCUGACGGCCGAACUAAUCAAUAUCGGAACCUCCGACCCCUUAGGUCAUUUCAAGGGCGCUGUUAACUUGCUUUUAUCUCGACUUGAAGCCCUUCAAGUAAGACAGGUAGAAGAACGACACGGACUUCUAUUGAGCCUUGCGGCUAUCUUUGACCUCCUUCCACACCUUCUCAAGGACAGAAAGCCUGAAUCCCUUCAGGAAGUACCAACGACUGAGAUCUGCACCGCUUUAAAAAAGGUCCUAGAGGAUUUUAAAAACACCAAGUACAGGAAGCCGGAGCUGAUCGCAGAGGCUGCUGGUCAACUAAUAGUAUCAUCGACCCCGGUUCUCCUACUAAGUGUUAUGCAAAACUGUUCCCCAGAUAUUCCAAAACCGAGUUUGCAGUCUGGUCCUGCGAUUGUGGAGGAGGAUAAAUCUGAGUUAUUGAGUUUGGUUGCUAAAUUCUUGGACACAUUACAGGUUGAUCGCCCGAAUUAUGUCGUCGAGCUAUUAGAAGCCUUGGAGAAUGCUCUCGAUAAUUGGCUAGACAGAAAUGAGAGUGAAGUAGUCAAGACUUCAUCAAAAGCUGCUCUAGUUCUACUUCUUUUUGCUACCCAAGAACGCCGUAGUCAAAUCAUCGAAGAAUGGUCCAAUAAAGUACGCCGUUCACAAGCACCGCGUACUAAGCACGGUGACGGUUUUUUCCAUGCCCUUACCUGUGCAUACCAACUCCAACAACUCCAGCAAAAUGAACACGGUCUUUCAGAGGGCGCUCUAGCGAGUAAAGUACUUGCAGAAAGAUGGGCGCAAGACAGCGAUAUCGAAAAUCAUGUCGCGAUUUUGCAAAGUCUAGUGGGCAGAGCUAUCCUUAGGGACAGACCAUUAGAUUUUCUCACAAUCGUCUCAGAAGGUCUGGAUGACUAUACUACGAACGCACGCGGAGAUAUCGGCUCCCAUGUCCGUCUAGAAGCUAUUAAAGCAACGAAGACUCUGCGGGAGUCGAGGAAAGAUGAAGAACAGAUCAUCUCAACUCUCUUCCCACGUAUACUUCGGUUAGCAGCUGAGAAGUUGGAUCGAGUUCGUACCGAAGCACAAUCAGCCUUAACCCUAUUUAUACAUCCAAGAAAUACUCAGACGUUCGGCAAGCUAUCUUUUUCCUCGAAAGAAUAUUUCAAUUUUCUGCUUCGCCUCUGCGAUAAGGAGCAGUUAGACCCAACUGUGGCACAGUAUCGGACACUCAACCUAGACGACUGCAUAUCCAUACUGUUGGCUGGCCUCGUAACCUCAGCUGAUACAGGUAACGAAGACUUGGUUAUAGUCAGCAGAGCCGCACUCGCCGACUUCUGCGUGGAGUCAGCAGAGAAUCUAAAGCAGAUAUGCGCCGCUUUCCUUCGCAACCUCAAGCAAUACCAGGGCCAAGACCGGGUAAUUGUCCCUACGCUGGAAGUCGUAGCGUUCCUGUUUCACGUUGGCGUCCUGCAGCAGUGUGCCGAGAUGAACCUGCGGCAGCUCUGCGUCCUCGUGCAGAAGGCGGCGUACAAGACCGGCAACGUGCGCAAGCUCGAGGCCUGCAUCAAAGUCUACGGCGCCAUCGCAGCCGUCGACGCGGCUGGCGACAUGUCGGGCAUGUCGUCGGAGCUGGCGACGAAACGGCGCGAGGGCGUGCUCGAAGCGAAGAAGAGGCUCGCUGCUCUUCUGGCUCACCCCUGGCCUAGGGCGAGGUGCUUGGUCGUCGAUGAGCUCUGGGAGUUGAUAGGUGAUGACGAUGGAGAUGCAAGACGUGCAAAGCUGCUCGCGGUGGAUUGGGGCAAAGCCGAAAAAUCCUACGUUAAAAAUAUCGUGGGAGAGCUAGGACUCGAGUAAAGGGGUAGGUAAAUGGCUAGACCACGAGCUCGCUAGUUACUCGCAGGCCAUGUUUCUACAUAAUUCUCUACUUGCUAUAUUAAAUCAAUGGACUCAAAGGGGAACCAUAAUGCGAUUUGGUGUGUAGUAACUGACAAAUGGUCAUGUGCAAUAAAAAUGAGAUGGAAAUUAGAUAUAAAUAAGUAUCAUGAUGUUAACCCGGGGCAUGUAAAUAGGAACUAUUCGCAUAUUAUAAAACACCCACGC